AUGUAUUCACCGUUUACUUCUUUAUCAAGUGUUGGAACAUAUACAGUGAGAGCAAGAACCUAUGCAGCUGUGGUUAUAAACACAUUCUUAAGAUAUACUGAACUGAUGGGCAACCUUAAAUGCUUCGGUUCCAAAGAAGUCGAUGACGAGGAGAAAAUUGGGUUUGUGCCGGAGAUGCAUUUGUCAACGACAAAAACAGUGACCCUGAAGCUCGAGGAGGGGGAUGAGGUAACCUAUGCCAGGGCUAGCGAGCAAUCCAGCGUGAGCCUGAGUUUGAGCUUUCCAUUGAUUCGGCUGAUGAGAGAUAAUGUGGAUGAUGAAAAACAGGUGAAUGUAGGGAUGAAAUCAGUGUGUUAA